UUGUGAGCUUUCUUUGUAUAUAUAUACUACCUCUUAACAAAACAAAGCGGGUAAGUGCCUCAGUAAGACGCUGUUUUGUAACAGUUUACUGCGCCUGAAGCAGCGCUUUGGCUGGGACCUCAGCUCCGAGCGGCUGUGGUUCGAUCGCCUGUCUGUAAGGGCAUUCUGUGUGAUUGGUGCGCUUGUCGGGUCUGGCGAUGCUGCGCUGCGUGGGGGCGGCUCUAAGGACGGUGCCCUGUGACGGAUUUACUGUGACUAAGCCAAACUCAUCGCUGUUUGGGGCAGUAAAAACGAGCGCUGCUUGUUUUAACACACGGGCCAGGUAUUUUGGAAACUCAAGAAGCUUGUUGACAAUGCCAGACGUAAACACAGAUAGCCUGGAUGAGAAGCAGGUCCAGCUUCUUUCUGAAAUGUGCAUCCUUAUUGAUGAAAAUGAUGGGACGAUUGGAGCCGAUACAAAGAAAAACUGCCACUUAAACUCAAACAUUGAUGAAGGUUUGUUGCAUCGAGCUUUCAGUGUUUUCCUGUUUAAUAAUGAAGAUAAACUGUUGCUACAACAGAGAUCUGAUGCCAAGAUCACCUUCCCAGGAUGUUUCACUAACACUUGCUGUAGUCACCCGCUGCACACGCCCCUGGAAAUGGAGGAACAGGAUGCGGCUGGCGUGAGGAAGGCAGCACAGAGGCGCUUGAAAGCAGAGCUGGGGAUCCCAAUGGAGCAGGUACCGCCAGACGAGCUGACAUACCUGACCCGCAUUCACUACAAAGCGCAGUCUGAUGGGAUAUGGGGGGAGCACGAAAUUGACUACAUUCUGUUUGUGCAGAAGGAGGUGGAGUUAAACCCCGAUCCCAAUGAAAUCAAAAGUCACUGCUACGUCUCAAAGGAGGAGCUCAAAGAGAUGUUGAUCAAGGCGAAGAACAACGAGAUCAAGAUCACGCCAUGGUUCAGCCUGAUUGCAGAGACAUUUCUGUUCAAGUGGUGGGAUAACCUUCAGAAUUUAAAGCAGUUUAUGGACCACGGCAAAAUACAUAGGAUGUGAAGCCUUUAUUUUAACAAAGUCUGUAUAGAAUGCAAAUACCACACUGUACAGAAGCUGCUACAUGCAUUUUAAUCUUGUUAAUUUUUUUUUUUGCACAGUAAUUUUUAUUUUAGGUAUCCAUCUCAGUAACCAGCACACAGGGUAUAUUCAUUUUUUGUAAAAUGUUCUGGUGCAGUUACAGUAUGUAAAUAUUGCACGUUAUUUGUUAACAUGAAAUAAAACAAUACUUGACAUGCAGUUUAA